GGAGAUUCAACGGCCGCUUUAACGGCCAGCGGAGCGGUCGAGAUCUUUUACAUACCGACAGUCUGAUCAAUCUGAUCUGGCGCCAAACAAGCGCUACGGCCCGCUGACAGCAGAGGGCAAAAAAGAGUUGACAGCCUUCUGGUCACGCACAAGGGCUGGCAUCAUCGACACACUCGCACAAAUGGCUCGUGACGUGCAGCAGCAUACAGACAGAUAAGACAGACGGCAGACAGACAGAUAGUUACAUGCACACGUGCGUCACAUGCCUGCCCCCUUCAGUCCUUCCUUCAGAUCUGACACAAAUGAUUAAUGCCCUCCCUUCUCUCUCUGGGAGCUGGCUACCAUCCAUCACAAUGGAUGGACCCACAGACUGUCCCUGAAUGAAUGGAUGGAUGCAUGACCAUGCAUGACGCUGACUGACUGACUCACUCGCUGACUCGCUCAACCGUCCGUCCGUCCGUCUCUGCUACUUGCUGGAAGGCGGCUUCCAUGACUCGGGGAUGACGUCGAAGAGCUUCCUGCACGUGCUGUAGGUCACCUCUCUCACCUCCUCAAAUCCUUUGGCAAAAUUCUCCGUCUUCGGAAGCUUCUCGGGCGAUGGAUUCUGAACACAAAAAGCACCACAACCAGCCAACGCAGAUAGAUGCACCCACCGGGAUCAGUCAAUGAAUCAUCUGUGUGUGACAGGGUCCCUGCGCACCGUGAGGUACUCGUCGGCUUCUUUGAGUCCCCAGCCUAAUCCCAACCCCGUGCCGAUGCCCGUGAGCAGACACCUCAUGGCGGCUCCCUUCAUGAACACCAACGCCAUGAGGCCGCCGCCCACCAUGCCGAACCCCGCCUUCGCAGCUGCAUUCACCGCCAGCCGGCUGUAACUCUCGGACAACGGCGGACUUUUGCUUUGCGCCGCCUCACUCAUCCUGGAGCUCCAAAGUGUGCGAGCUUGGAUGAGGGAGCUGAGAUCUUCCUCCGCCAGGCCGA